AUGAAUCCCGACGUCCCCUGCUCCGCCUCCUGCGGCAGAGGGUUCAAGUCCCGUACGGUGGGCUGUGCGAGCGCCUCGGGCCGCCUCCUCCCGGAGGAGCUCUGCCGGCGCCGGAGGCCCAAACCCGGCGGGCGGCGGCGCUGCAGAGGGCGAGGAGGCCGAUGCCCCGAGUGGAGCGCCGGAGACUGGGGAGAGUGCAGUGAGUCGUGUGGAGCGGGCCAGCGGAGGCGGGCCUUGCAGUGCGUGGACCAGAACCAGCAGGAGGUCCAGGAGGUGAACUGCGUGAACCAGAUCAGACCUCCGGAGGUGGAGCGCUGCACCACCCGGGCCUGUGGACUGACCUGGAGCACCGGGGACUGGACCGAGGAGGGGAGAACUUCUCCGAGAUCUUUGGCUUCAGACUCAAUGACCCCACCCGGUGUCCGGCCAGCGGCUCCAGGAGGGAGGACUGUGACUGUCGGAGAGAUUACGACGCAGCCGGGGUCACGACCUUCAGCAGAGUCCGUCUGACACACACACACACACACACAUACACACUCACACACAUGGAGCUG